GCGCUCAUUUUGCGUCUUCCUCCCAUGGUUAAGGCAUAUGGCUAUGCCGUCGAGUUGGAGACCGUGGCUACGCAAAAUCAGUCGUAUUCUAGCGCUGACAGGAAGCAGACGCUAUUUGUCAGAUUUGUGUCAGAUACCCACCCAAGUAUUAGCAACCAAAGGAGCAGCAAUGGCGGAGGGAGACUCGAAAUUUGGCUUCAAGGACAUGGAGAAGGCGCUGGAGACGUUGAAGCUGCUGGAGAGCCACGACAUGCAGUAUCGCAAGCUGACGGUGCGCGGUUUGCUCGGCCGGGCCAAAAGAGUCCUCACAAUGACCAAGGCGGAGGAGAAGCUGAAGAACAUCAAUGCGGCCAUUGGAGUCUUUGAAAAGUGGCUGGAAGAGAAUGGCGGAGGAGCGUCCAGUAAGAAUGUCAAGACAGACAGCGAGGACAAGGUGGAGACGGUGCCGGGUCUAGGAUUCAAGGACAAGGCAGCUGCGGAGGCGACGUUGAGCAUUUUGGCGGAACGAGAUCCGGACUACCAGAGGUUGGCCAUCAAGGGAUUAAUUGGCAGCUCCAAGCGUGUCCUGUCCGGCACCAAGAACGAGGACAAGAUCACGGCCAUCAAGGAGGGAGUCCAGGUACUGGAGGAUUUCCUCGAAAAGUUCGAGGCCGAGAACCGCAUCAAGGACAAUCGUGCCUAUUUGCCACUCGCUGUGGUCACCAAGCUGCCAGAACCCAAGGAUGAGUUAGCUAAGGAGUUCCUGGAAGCCUAUGGCGGCUCCAAGGCCAAGGGUAACUACAAGCACCUGCGCACCAUGUUCCCCAAGGCGGAUGAAAAGACCAGCUGGGAUAUUGUGCGCAAUCGUCAGCUAUCCAAGUUGCUGGAGCAGAUCAAGAGCGAGGAGGCCAAGCUCUUCGAUGCAGAGACCGGAGCGCCCACCGACCUCCACCUGCAGUUGAUCCACUGGGCAUACAGUCCGCAGCCGGACAAACUAAAGCAGUACAUCGAGAAGCUGGCCAAAAAGACGCCCGAGAAGCGUAAGCAGGAGAGCAGCAGCAGUGCCAGCGAUUCCAGUGCCACCAGCCAGGAUUCCGAUGGCGAGGAUAAGCCCAAAAGGAAGAAGAAGAGGGAGGAGUGAGGUCCAAACAAUCAAAAACACUCUGUUGCCAUUUAUUAACGAACAUAAACGGUUCAAACAGCUCUGUUUCCGGUUUCUCCAACCGAUGCAAUUUGGUGGACUUUAGAUUUAACAAUUUUUUUUUUAAAUGUUACCUUAUUGAACUGAAGUUUCAUGGUUUCCUAAUCUGCCAACUUGCACGGUCUUCGAAAUCGGAAACUGGCUAAAUAGUUUAUUUAAGUAACUCAACCUCAAUGCAGAACUACGAUAUUUGGUGCACACAUGGCUGCUGUCUUCUGUAUCCCCCUCUAUGUACACAGAUACAUAUAUAUGUAUACAUAAGCGCUCAAGUAUAUAUGCUAUAUGUAAAUAUUGUAAAGUACCUCUUGUGUAUGUCGUUCUGAUCAGCCUAGUCUUUGGAAUCAAUAACUCGAUAUAUGGGAUUCUAGAGAGGGGCUCGGUGCAUAAAAAUGUUGA